CCGAGCCGAGCCGGAGCGGGAGCCGCUCGGAGCCCCGUCGCCAGCCUGGGCCCGGCGGGCGCGCGCGGCCUCCUCCCCGGCGCCGGCGGGGGAGGCGAGGCGGCCUGGGCCGGAGCCGAGCGGGUCUGACCUACCCUCAAUAUGGCAACCAGUGCUGUCCCCAGCGACAACCUCCCUACCUACAAGCUGGUGGUGGUGGGGGAUGGAGGUGUGGGCAAGAGUGCCCUCACUAUCCAGUUUUUUCAGAAGAUCUUUGUGCCUGACUAUGACCCUACCAUUGAAGAUUCCUACCUGAAACACACAGAGAUCGACAAUCAAUGGGCCAUCUUGGACGUUCUGGAUACGGCGGGCCAGGAGGAGUUCAGCGCCAUGCGUGAGCAAUACAUGCGCACAGGUGAUGGCUUCCUCAUCGUCUUCUCAGUCACUGACAAGGCCAGUUUUGAGCAUGUGGACCGCUUCCAUCAGCUCAUCCUGCGCGUCAAGGACAGGGAAUCUUUCCCCAUGAUCCUCGUGGCCAACAAGGUCGAUCUGAUGCACUUGAGGAAAAUCACGCGGGAGCAAGGAAAAGAAAUGGCGACCAAACAUAAUAUUCCAUACAUAGAAACCAGUGCCAAGGACCCUCCUCUCAAUGUGGACAAAGCCUUCCACGACCUGGUCCGAGUUAUCCGGCAACAGAUCCCGGAAAAGAGCCAGAAGAAGAAGAAGAAAACCAAAUGGCGGGGAGACCGGGCCACUGGCACCCACAAACUACAAUGUGUGAUUUUGUGACAGGCCCUUUGCCCUGGGCACGGGGACAGGGAACUGGCCAGAUCUCAGGAGCCUGUGGCGGCCGGACCGCGCUGAAAACCUGAGACUGGAGGGGGAGAAGAAUGGGGAGACAAGGGGCCUGGCCUUGCUCAAAGGGCUUUCCCACCUCUCAUAUGAGACAAGGAGGUGGUGGGUAAACUGAGGCAGCAUGUGGAUUCCA